AUGCGCCCCGCGCCGCUGCUCGGGCUCCUGCUCUGGGCGCCGCUGCUCUGGGCGCCGCCGGUGCGCGGCUUCCGCCACGGCGUCCACUGGAACGGCAGCAACCCCAGGUUCCUGCGGGACGACUACUCCAUCCAGGUGGCCAUCAAUGACUACCUGGACAUCUACUGCCCGCACUACGAGGGGGCCGUGCCCGCCGGCCGGGCUGAGACCUUCACGCUCUUCAUGGUGGAUCGGGAGGGUUAUCGCGGCUGCUACGAGACCCCCGGCGCCUUCAAGCGCUGGGAGUGCAACCGGCCCCGAGCUCCCUUCGGGCCCGUCCGAUUCUCCGAGAAAAUCCAGCGUUUCACGCCCUUCUCACUCGGCUUCGAGUUCCAGCCGGGGGAGACCUACUAUUACAUCUCCGUGCCCAGCCCCGAGAGCGCCGGGCGAUGCCUGAAGCUGCGCGUCACCGUCUGCUGCCGAGGCACCACGCCAGAGCCGGUGACGGAGGUGCCGAAUUCGCAGCCCCGAGGGCGCGGGGGCCCCGAAGAUGUGGCUCCUGCCCGGGGCACCGCGGUGCCAUGGCAGCCCUGCAGCCCUUGCCUGACUCUCGUGCUCCUGGCCCUGCUCUGGAUCUGACCCCGGCGCUGCCCCUGCCGGGGGGAUGGGCUCCUCUGCCCCCAAGGCCGCUUCCAGACUCUUCCUCCCAGCCAAACCCCCGAGCCCGUGGGGCAGCCCCAGGCCAUGACCCGCCUGCUGGACCUCCGCAAAGCCGAGCUGGGGCCGGGAGCUCCGCGCUGGAAGGGCCAUCGCAUCGCCGCACGCCGGGAUUGCCGAGAGUCCCCGCGCUGGGAUUGCCACAUCCCGGCGCCGCCCCACCGGCCACCGGCUCGGCGCUGGGGUCCCCUCAGCGAACGCCUGCUCUGCCCCACGGCCACCACCUCAUGUCGUGCCUUUCCCCACGGACCCCCUCCCCUGGGGCCCCGGGACCCCCGAGCCCGGAGCGGGGCAGCAGCUCCGAUGGCGGCGUCGGCCGCUCCGCCGUGUCCUCCUGCGGCGAGGACACGCUGAUCUGUCUUCUGGGAAGACGCCUUCCUCCGUGCCCUCGGUUUGGUUUUAACCCUUGGUAGUGACUGA